GCAACUCUUUAUUAAGUGCUGUUAAGUAAUUGCGGUGCUGUUAAGCGCGAACAAUGCUGUAGUUGUUGAUCCGUCCCGUAAACAAACAAUAAAUAAUGGGGAACCAUAAGGUUUUGCGAUCGGCGGGUAGUAAUUUGCGUUAUUCGAUGUACGAGUUUAUUGAGGCGGUGCACAAGCGCUCAAUUAUAUGGGAAAGAAGUCAUCCGAACUUCCACAACCGGGAGCUGAGGGAUCAGGCCUGGCAGCAAAUCGGCCAAGAGCUAUGCGCGAAUUUCCAAAGCUCCAGUGACCCGGAGAAGCAGGAAAUCGUGAAAACCCUGCUCAAACGCUGGAAAAACACGAGGGACAGCUACUUGCGGGUGAAUCGGCUGCGACAAAGUGGCGAGGAGGUGGCCAGAGCUUCGUAUAUCUACGAAAAGGAGCUGAGUUUCCUGCUGGAUGUAAAAGCAGAAACGGAGGACGACGAAGAGCUCCUGAAGGAGGAGCCCAAGCUCCAGGUCAAACGCAAACGUCUGCCAGCCGCCCACGGAUCUGUGAAAACUCCAAAACGAAGGAGGAACUCUGACCAGGAAUCAAGUCUAGAGUGCGCCACCAAUAACCCAGCCAUUCCGGAUAACUUCCACUCGGUUCUGGAGGAUGUGAGCUACGCAAGGGAGGAUACAGUGCCUCUGGAGAUCACACCCACCUCACACUUUCCUGCAGAUCCACCAAUAUGUAGUACAAAUACCGUCCCCACAUCAGCACCCGCUGAUCCCGACCAGGCAUUCUUCGACACAAUUAAGCCGCAUAUGCAACGAAUGUGCGCUGACCGCAAGCUCGACUUUCAGAUCGAAGUCUUAAAAAUACUACGUAAUUUUAAGCCAAACUGAAUAAUAACUAUAAAUGUGAAAUCA